UCACCAGUCAGGAAUGCAACAAGACGAAGAAAUGACCAACACCAUAGCAAAAUGGCUCACAAAUGUUGGCAGACAUGGCUGAAUAUCGCGCUCGUAUUCCUCACCACAACUGCAGCUGACUUCACGACGGAAUGCCAAAGGCCUUGCGACUGCAGGUGGCAGUCCGGCAACAAGGCUGCAAUCUGUGCCAAUUCAAGUCUGAGAGUCAUACCAGUUAAUCUCAGCAGUGACAUCCAAAUACUCGAUUUGUCGAACAAUAACCUCCUGCAGUUACAUCAAGAAGCAUUCAAAAGAGUAGGCCUAAGUAACCUCAAAAAACUCUUCUUAAAAGAUUGUAAUAUAGAAGUUGUACAUAAAGCAGCAUUUGUUAGUCUAGCAAUUAUGAUAGAAUUGGAUUUAUCUAAAAAUAGAAUAAGGCACCUCCAUCCAGACACAUUUAAAGGAACAGAGAAACUGAGGUUGAUUAAUUUAAGUAACAAUUUAGUCGAUAAGCUAGAAGACGGUCUAUUCCGCAACUUGAAGUACCUCCAGAAAGUGGAAUUGAGUAAUAACAGAAUCGUGAGAAUAGCAACGAAGGCGUUCGUAAACUUACCCCAGUUAAAGAUAUUGAGAAUCGAUGGAAACAAUUUGAGCCACAUGAAGCCGGAAACUUUGAUGGCGCUCAGAAACUUGUCUGGAUUGGAUCUACACAAUAACCCGUGGAGAUGCGAUUGCAACUUACAGACGUUCAGAGAUUGGGUGAUCAGCCAUAACUUGUACACUCCACCUACCUCGUGCGCGGAGCCGGCAUCGAUACGUUCUAAACUUUGGAACGAAUUAGACUCUUCAAACUUCGCAUGUCGGCCUACUAUAUUAGAGCCCCUACCUGACUCAACUAUCAAAAGUUAUGAGGAAAACGUGACACUAAUUUGUAAAGUAGUCGGAAACCCAACACCAGAAGUUUUUUGGAGGUUUAAUGGUAAAACAAUUGAGUUGAGGUCGUUCGGUGAAAUUAGGUAUACUGUUUCUGAGAACACUAUGGAUUUGAUAAGAUUCGUGAAUUUGACGGUACUCCACACGAGAUACAGUGAUAGAGGGAAUUACACAUGUGUCGCUGAGAAUCCUGGAGGUAGAGAUGAGAAGACGUUGACACUUGUUUUAUCGAAAUAUAGCGGAUCUGGCACAAUAGCUGGUAUGCACGAAGAUACCUUUGCAGUUUUAAUAGGGAGUUUGAUAUCAAUUUUAUUUUUUAUUGGAUUUCUAUACGCCGUUUGCUACUCUGUGAAACAGAGCAUGGAAUUAAGAAGACUGAUCAAGACGGAUACCAGUUCCUCUAAUGGGGAAACGUUAUUAGAAGGCUCCGUUGCGUCUGAAGCUGAAAAAGGCUCCAAGACGGAUGUUAAUCCCUUUACUAAGCCUCCCAGGAAGUACGAGGCGUCGGCCCUCUCUAUCGGUAUCGAAAUGUCGGAGCUCAAUAAGACAUUACUGGAUAAUGACUGCGUUUCAGCAUCAACUGACGAUCGCAACCGUCCAGAGAAACAACAAGCGACGAUGUCUAAGGAGACCAUUCUAGAUCGACUGUCGCAAGAUUCUCAAGCGUACCCACCAGAUCUUUUGUCAUUCCCACUCAGAGCAACGACCCAGGUAUCACCAGCCGGGGGAGUAGACAUUCCCCAAGCAUCCCAUAAAUUAGACAGUCAAAAAUCGCCUACAUACGAUGUUGAGUCUAUAAAUGCAGCUCUAUACAAUAGACUACAGAAUUAUCAAGAAAUCCCACCCAAUACGAAAGGAUACGUAACUUUACCAAGAAGGCCCAGGCUGAGUUAUACAGAAAAUAGUUUAAAACCACAGGUAUUUUCAACUCUAAAUAAUGCGAUACCGCACUAUGAUAACUUUAAUAUGAAGCUAUUUGGUCAAAACAAUUAUAAUAGUCUAAAUAAAAGUGAAAUGGACCUGGGUCCUAUCAAUAAGUUAGGGUAUCUCGAUGCCUCUGAUGAUAUAGAGCCAGCUCCGUCUCCAGCACCAGGUACACCUCACGCCACUAUACCAAGGAACAGCCUUAGCUCCCCAAAUAUACAUAACCAAUUGCUGAUGCUACAAGCUAUGUCCAAUGGUCAGAGGAAAUCUUCAGAACACAGGCCUUUGAAAGUUACUCUGACGGAGAACGAAAGUCUUUUGAAGCAUUCGCCUAGGGAUUUAAAAGUAGGAUACGGUGUUGCGAAGUCUCGAAUAUCAAAUCCGAUCCCGAAACCGAGGAAGCGGAAUUCUGGGGAUAUACCCAUAAAGGAACCGUUCCUGAAUACGGCCGAGAGCGCAACUCAGGUGUAAAAAUUCUGUUAUAAGCAUAAAUUUAAUAAUAUUUUAGGAAUACUUUGGCGACUGUCGCGUGGGCGAUAUUUGUAUAGUAAUGCUGAUCGUACAUAACGCGACAACAGCACGUGGUGAAAACUCUAAAUAAAAGAAACUAAAAUUAAACCAAAAUUAUUGUGUAUACUGCAAAUAGUAUAGAGAAUACUGUUUAUUCAUGGAUCUUCAUCAUUAUCAUAUCA